UAUAAAUACGAAAAAAUGAGGGAUUCGGGAGAGCUACAGCAAGCGUGCUUGGAAAUGGAGGCCGCACAAGAAGCACUGAAGAGGGAGGCUUUCCGGCAGGCGGUUGUUAACACUCUCGAGCGUCGUCUGUUUUACAUUCCUUCCUUUAAGAUCUACCGUGGUGUUGCCGGCCUUUACGAUUAUGGGCCGCCUGGUUGCGCCGUCAAGGCGAAUGUCCUGGCUUUCUGGCGUCAGCAUUUUGUACGUGAAGAAAACAUGUUAGAAGUUGAUUGCCCAUGUGUUACACCAGAGGUUGUGCUGAAGGCAUCUGGACAUGUAGAGAAGUUUACUGAUCUAAUGGUGAAAGAUGAAAAAACUGGAACUUGUUACAGAGCUGAUCAUUUGCUCAAGGAUUAUUGCAAAGACAAGCUCGAGAAAGAUCCUAAGCUUAGUGCGGACAAGGCAGCAGAACUGAAGCACGUUAUGGCUGUGCUGGAUGAUCUCUCUGCUGCAGAACUUGGUGCAAAAAUUAAAGAAUACAACAUCACUGCUCCUGAUACAAAGAAUUCUCUGUCUGAACCCUAUCCUUUCAAUCUAAUGUUUCAGACAUCAAUUGGACCAUCUGGAUUGAGCGCUGGAUACAUGCGCCCUGAGACUGCUCAAGGUAUUUUUGUGAACUUUAAGGACUUGUACUACUACAACGGAAACAAACUUCCUUUUGCAGCGGCACAAAUUGGUCAAGCUUUUCGAAAUGAGAUUUCUCCACGACAAGGUCUCUUAAGAGUCCGUGAAUUUACGCUUGCCGAGAUUGAGCAUUUUGUGGAUCCUGUGGACAAGUCCCAUCCCAAGUUUUCAGAAGUUUCACAGUUGGAGUUUUUCAUGUUCCCAAGAGAAGAUCAGGUGUCAGGAAAACAAGCUAGGAAAUUGACUAUUGGAGAAGCAGUUACUCAGGGAAUUGUCAAUAAUGAAACACUGGGCUAUUUCAUAGGAAGAGUAUACUUGUUUCUAACACAACUUGGAGUUGAGAAAGACCGCCUGCGAUUUCGCCAGCAUUUAGCAAAUGAGAUGGCACACUAUGCUGCAGAUUGCUGGGAUGCUGAAAUCGAAUGCUCUUAUGGAUGGAUUGAGUGUGUUGGUAUUGCUGAUAGAUCAGCAUAUGACUUGCGAGCCCACACGGACAAAAGCGGUGUACCACUGGUGGCACAUGAAAAAUAUGCAGAACCUAAAGAAGUGGAGAAACUUGUCAUAGCUCCUGUCAAAAAGGAACUUGGUCUUGCUUUCAAGGGUAACCAAAAGAUGAUCGUUGAAGCAUUGGAGGCAAUGGGAGAAGAGGAAGCAAUGGAGAUGAAAUCAACUUUAGAAGCUAAAGGCGAGGCCGAGUUUAAAGUUUGUACGCUCGACAAAGUUGUGACUAUAAAGAAAAACAUGGUUUCGAUUUCCAAAGAGAAGAAAAAGGAACACCAAAGGGUUUUUACACCAUCAGUGAUCGAGCCAUCCUUCGGCAUAGGAAGGAUCAUAUACUGUCUCUAUGAGCAUUCAUUCUACACAAGAAGCAGCAAAGACGGUGAUGAGCAAAUGAACGUCUUCCGGUUCCCUCCCCUCAUAGCUCCAAUCAAAUGUACCGUAUUUCCUCUCGUUCAGAAUCAACAAUACGAGGAAGUUGCUCGAAAAAUUGCCAAGUCAUUAACUGCUGCUGGUAUUUCAAACAAAAUUGACAUAACAGGAACUUCCAUAGGAAAGAGAUACGCGAGAACAGAUGAACUCGGAGUCCCCUUUGCCAUAACAGUUGAUUCGACAACCUCAGUUACUGUCCGAGAAAGAGACAGCAAGCAGCAGAUUCGCGUACCUGUCAACGAGGUAGCCUCUAUGGUUAAAGAUGUAACCGACGGUGCGAGCACAUGGGCUGAUAUACAGUGGCAGUACCCGGCUCAUUCUUCUUGAUUUUCUUCUGACUUAUCCUCACAUGUCGUCACAAGUCCUAUUUAGUUUUAAACAAGACACCACACAAAACUUGUCAUCAAGAAAAAACUCCCAUGUUUGUCUCUCUGUUCUGUUGAUUCACAGACAAACUUUUUUUGUGGCUCGUUAAUGCCAAUGAUCUGAAUUUGGUCGGUCGGGCGUA